ACUGAAGCCCGCACACGACUUUAAGUAUAUAGAUAGCGUUUUUGGCUGAGCGGAAUUUGAAUUGGGGGCGAACUCAAAAUUGAAGAACUAGGGCACAACUAACUUUUCUUGCGCUCAACCAAUUUGUAGACGCUACUCUUUCCGACAACACUGAUUGAAGCACCAUGGCGGCUGCGGCAGCUCAGAGAGGCGGCGGCGGGGGGCGGCGGGCGAUGGAGGAAGACGACGCGAAGCUCGUGUUCGAGACGUCGAAAGGCGUGGAGCCAAUCAUGAGCUUCGACGAGAUGGGGAUAAAGGAGGAGCUCCUCCGAGGAAUCUACAAUUACGGCUUCGAGAAGCCUUCCGCCAUUCAACAGCGCGCCGUUCUUCCGAUUAUCUCCCACCGCGACGUCAUAGCUCAGGCGCAAUCCGGUACUGGAAAGACUUCAAUGAUUGCCCUCGCUGUUUGCCAGAUUGUCGAUACCAAGUCAUCCGAGGUCCAAGCCUUGAUUUUAUCUCCUACUAGAGAGUUGGCUUCUCAAACAGAGAAAGUGAUACUGGCAAUUGGUGACUAUAUAAAUGUACAAGCUCAUGCUUGUGUUGGAGGCAAGAGUGUGGGUGAGGAUAUAAGAAAACUAGAGCAUGGAGUUCAGGUGGUGUCAGGCACUCCUGGUAGAGUUUGUGACAUGAUCAAAAGAAGAACUUUGCGGACUAGAUCAAUCAAAAUAUUGAUUCUGGAUGAGUCUGAUGAAAUGUUGAGCAGAGGAUUUAAGGAUCAGAUUUAUGAUGUCUACAGAUACCUUCCACCUGACCUGCAGGUUGUCUUAAUCUCUGCCACCCUCCCAAAUGAAAUAUUGGAGAUUACAAGUAAAUUCAUGACAGAUCCAGUUCGCAUCCUAGUAAAGCGUGAUGAAUUGACUCUGGAGGGUAUCAAGCAAUUCUUUGUUGCAGUUGAAAGAGAAGAAUGGAAAUUUGAUACGCUAUGUGAUUUAUACGAUACCCUUACCAUAACCCAGGCAGUUAUAUUUUGCAACACAAAGCGCAAGGUUGAUUGGCUGACAGCAAAAAUGCGUGAGAAUAACUUUACUGUCUCAUCCAUGCAUGGAGAUAUGCCUCAAAAGGAGCGAGAUGCAAUCAUGGGUGAAUUCCGGUCUGGCCAGACUCGUGUGCUUAUCACAACAGAUGUUUGGGCUAGGGGUUUGGAUGUUCAGCAGGUUUCUCUGGUGAUUAAUUAUGAUCUUCCAAACAAUCGAGAGCUCUACAUCCAUAGAAUUGGACGAUCUGGUCGUUUUGGGCGAAAGGGUGUUGCCAUAAACUUUGUUAAAAGUGAUGACAUCAAGAUCCUUAGAGAUAUUGAGCAAUAUUACAGUACACAGAUCGAUGAAAUGCCUAUGAACGUGGCUGAUUUGAUUUAACAUCCUUUGUGUGGUGCAAAACAACAGUUUGAAAGCACAUGCUGCUUGUGAUGGUGAGUAAAGGUUCAGGACUCUGAUUAUUUAUAGCUAUUGGCGGUUCGUUAUGGUGAGAAACAAUGGGUACGAUGCUGAUGUUUGUUUUCGGCGUGGUGUGGUUUUGAUCUCGCUGUGUGAAGAUUUAGGACUAAUUUCUUGAAGCUUUUUGGCAAUCUUUAUGUGGAGAUACAAUCCGGAAUGGUGUUGGUGCUUAUUUUGAACGUGUUGGUGUGGAUGUUGUAGGCUUAUUGUAUUAUAUCUCACGCUUAGUUUACUCUUGUUGUUCUCUUGUUCUGGCCUUUGUUUGAAUCCAUUGCACACUUAAAUUUGUUUCUGGAUUUAAUCGUGGUGCUUUUGGACUGA